AUGACUACAACCUCGACAGAUAGCACUCCGCAAUGGGCAUUCGGGUGUCCCACCUGCAAGGCUAUCUGGCUCCAGUUCUCAGACCCCGAAUCCGCGUCUGAGAUAAAUCUUGGAUCUUCCGAAGAAGCCCUUUCAACCACGUGCCCCAACCACAAAGUCCUAUUGGAGAGGUUCAAUGAUUAUGGUGUCUCUCAAGGACCCCACGACGAAAGUUUCAAUGAUAUUAGCAUCGCUGGAUUUCAAAAACCAAGAAAAGGCUCCAGUAUUGCAGGCAGUCAGUUAUUGAAUAAAGUUGACAAUCAUUGGAGUUUCUUGUUGGCGAAGAAAGAUGAUGUGCCCAGACAUCCAGGCAAUAGGCGUAUCCUCGAUACAGACUGGACUGAUGUUGAGACUAGUAAUAAAUGGAAACAUAGGUGCAUCACUUCCUAUGGCACUAACUGCGAAAACCCUCUGAAGUCCACCGGUGAUUACUUUACCUGCCUUCAAAGAGUUAUAAAUGCCUUUCGCUUUGCCACUCCCGAGUUCUCCGACUUUGCGUCCCCCAUCAUUCGUCAUGCCAUGUAUCUAACCACAGCCAUUGACGAACGGUACCUAUGGGCUGAUGCGCUCUGUGCCACUCAAUACGAUCUCAAGGCUGCUUCCGAACAGUCGAAGUCGAUGGGGGCCGUCUACGCCAAUGUAAUUGUCACCAUCAUUGCCACAGAUGGUGACUCUGGAUCGGGGAUAUCUGAUCUCAAGGGCAUAUCCGACCCCCGAGGGUUGAUCCAGAAUGUGAUUCUUUCGGGGACGAGAAACUGA